CUGGGACUACCGUGAAACUAAUGAGCAUGGAGGGCGACAUUAUCCCAAUAGACAUCGAGGCUGCAAAACGUUCCCCCGUCAUUGAAGACCUGGUGAAUAAAAAGGGAAUCGACGCAGUAAUACAUUUUCCUCAAGUUUCUUCUCCAAAAUUGGCAUCGAUAAUCGACUACAUGAUUCAUCACAAAAACGACCAACCCCAACCUCCACAGUACAACGAGAAUGGAAGGAAAAGAUCGGACGACAUUUCAAAAUGGGACAAGGAUUUCAUGGAAAUGGACGAUUCGACCUUAUUUGAAAUUAUUUUGAUUGCACGCGAAUUAAAGUUGGAAGACUUGGUUAAUUUGGCUUGCAAGACCAUUGCGAACAUCAUGAAAAGUUUGGAUACGGAAGGUAUUCGUCGGAGAUUUAAUAUAGAAGACGAUCUUCAUCCUCAUUAACAAGGGGGUAAAUUGAUUGAUAAAUUUCCAAUUUGUUACCUAACCUUAAAAGUUUUAAUGUUUAUAUCCUAACUUAAUUUACCACAUUUCAAUA